AGCUGAUACAAGUGGAAUUUGAAUUAAGUAAAUUAUUGAAAGAGGAUGGUGAAGCGGAUUCAACGGCUGCCGGACGAAUUAUGAUUGCGGUCGGUCGUGUGUUAACGCUUUCUGUGCAUCACAGACUACAAAUUCGAAAUCCGUUGCUUCGAUUCUUCGGUGAAUUGCAUGUUUUUGCGGAACGCGCGAUUCUGGAUUGUGCAGAUACGGUGGAUGCAGCGGAAAAGGCUAGAACUGAAUACAGGGGCUCAUUGCUGCGGAAUAAAGAAAAACUUGAUGGACUAAAACUGGACACUUUACAAAAAGUUGAUUUGCUAGCAGCCAGCCGUUGUAAUUUAUUUUCACAGGUAAGAACUUGUAAAGUUUUACAUAAAAGACCUAUCUUUUGCUAAUA